AGGGAAAAUGGAAAAAGGAACAGAUUCGGAGACCUUGUCCGUGGAGGUGUCUUCAUGAUAAGGAAUAUCGGUUUUGGAUAUGCGCGUUUUUCCUCAACGGAGCUUCUAAACCGGCGUGUUAUCGAUGGAGAAAAAGAAGGAUAGUUUCACGGAAUUCCAUUGAAAGUGAAUUUACUCAUGGAGAAGGGAGCACGUCGGGAGUCAUGAGCACAGGUGUGAAGAAGCCUCCGUUAGCUCCCAAGCCGAAGCUCCCUGCGUCCACCAAACCCUCUCCCCCACCCAUUGCUCCAAAACCAGGUGCGCUCCCCCACACCGCUGUCAGCACCCAGCCCUCCCCCGCCACUUUCAAGAGGGCAAAGCCGGCUGUUGCCCCCAAACCAUGCAUCCCCAAAUCCACAGUUGCACAUCCACCCCAACAAGUCAGUGGUCACCCAACAAUAUCUCAGGAACAGAACGAGCAUCUAGAGGACAAACUCUCACUACUAAACUCCAAAAAUGGGAUGUUAUCAGAGACUGGCAAACAUGAAUCAGAUUACAUCAUACCCUUCUGCUCCUGUGGACUCCAGGACUGUUUGCAGUGCUCCUAUCUGGAAAACAGGAAUGAAAAUGGGAACCUUUUUCACAAGGAUGAAUCAGAUAAUGGGAUUGUAGAUGGAUUAACCGGGACGAGUCGGGAACAUCAGUCCGACAAUAAGGCGGAAGAAGUAGCUUCAGAGAGGAGUGAUGAUAAAGGGGCAAACAAAAAGCCAAGGGACAAACCUCAGAGACAAAGACAUUUAGGUGUGAACAAAGAUGCACGGAGGAGUGAUGAUGGUCAGGAGACUAGGCUUCCUGCUGACCAACCUCAGGAUCGUGAUUUGUGUCAUACUUGUUCUGUAUUGGGUCAUGAAGUUGCAAAAGCUGUUCCAGAGACUGAGAUCUCUGAUGAUGCAGAUUUCACCCGUGACAGUACGGUUGUAAGUCUCCCUCCACAUGACCCUGAACCUGCAGCCGCAGAUAGUGUCUUUGCAGAACGUACGAGUCCUGUCCUGUCUUUAACUGAUGAACACUUUGAUACAGAAGUUCCAACAGCCCCCAGUAAACCUCUGCCAGUCCCGCAACCUCGCAAGUUUAGGAAGCCGGUAUUGGUUAGGCAGGAUGGAGUGGAGAGCAGCGCUCAGGAUCUGGUGGAGGAACACAAGGAGGAGGUUACUGUGCAGCUGACAGAGCCAGAACCUGCAGAAUCGCCUACCAGUACAGAGGAUCAGAAGCUACUGCAACAUCUAAGUCACAACAGUCUUUCCCAACAAGACUCAGAUGUGGGAUAUGAUGAGUCUGACGCGCCAGUUCCUCCUCCACGCCAGACUUCUCUGUCCCCGCGCCUUCAAAGAUCGACCCACAUUCCCCCCACACUCAAUAAAAACGCAUCUCACUCCCUAAAUCUGCUUUCCCAAACUGAGCGGAUGAUUGCCAACAAAGCACAGCACUGUAUGGAGCAGGAUGAGGAGGAUGGCUAUGGGGACUUCAAGCGGUACCCAAUCACUCACAGUCUCCCAAAGCAGAUCAAACUUGGCUGCCAGGUGCCUCUUGGAAGUUCAACAAUGGCGCUGUCCGCUGAGGAUCAGCACCUGAUGAGGGCACCGCCAAGGAAACCUCAGAGACACAGCCUUCCCGUUCCCCCGCCUCCUUCGAUCUGCCCUCCUGCCCCUCCCCAUGGUGACCCCCCCAUGCGGGAACUGCCUUCCCCUCCCCAGGAAAGAGCAGCCUGGCGUUUCUCCCGACCUUGCUUGACCUUCUUUAGCAGACAGAUGCCCACCCGGAGUAGCAUGCCUCCCAAAAGCCGAGCCCCCAUGCUCGGGUGCAAGCAGCGGGCACAGUCUUUCUCUGCAGCUGACCUGGCAACCCGUGUCAGCGCCCAGAAGAGAAGCCUCUCAUUCCGGAAGUUGCUGGAGCUCAGAAUGUCAGUCAAGAUGUUGCCAAAGCUGCUGGGCAAGAGUGGGCCGUCCUCAGACGGCACCAGCAUGGACCCUAACCUCAAGAACAGCCGGUCUGCUAGCAGCACAGAUGAAACGGACAAUGGGGGAGAAAGUGGAGAUGGUUCAGUGGAGUAUGAAAACGUCCCUCUGUACGAGGAGAUCCCGGAAUAUAUGAACCUGCCUUUCCACAGUGCACGCCUGGGCUGGCCUCAAGAUGCUGAUGGAAGUGAUACAGACAUCUAUGAAGUCCAGGACCCCUACCAUAGACGCCAGGAUGGCGAGAGUGACAGUGACUGGCCAAGGCGGGACGUCCACUCCGAAGCGGAGGAGAUCCACAGCUCAGAUGAAGAAGACAACAGCUCCACCUCCAGCAAGGAGCAGAUCGAUGCGGUGGACAAACAGCAAGAGGAUGAGAUGAAAAGGAAGAAGGUGGUGCACAUCGCCCAGGAGAUCAUGAGCUCCGAGAAAGUCUUUGUGGACGUCCUGAAACUGCUGCACAUAGACUUCAGGGAUGCUGUGGCCACAGCGAGCCGGCAGAACGGGAAGCCGGUGGUGGAGGAGCGCGUCCUCAGUCAAAUCCUUUACUAUCUUCCACAACUGUACCAGCUGAACAGAGACCUGCUGAGGGAGCUGGAGGAAAGAGUGGCCCACUGGAGUGAUCAUCAGAGACUGUCCGAUAUCUUCGUCCAGAAGGGGCCUUACCUGAAGAUGUACUCCACCUACAUCCGGCAGUUUGACAACAAUGUGGCGCUGUUAGAUGAACAGUGCAGAAAGAACCCAGCAUUUGCGGCUGUUGUCCGAGACUUUGAAAUGACUCCACGGUGCGCCAGCCUGGCUCUGAAACACUACCUGCUGAAGCCGGUGCAGAGAAUCCCCCAGUACCAGCUGCUGCUCACAGAUUAUCUGAAAAAUCUGCCAGAAGACUCUGAGGAUUAUAAAGACACACAGGCGGCUCUCAGCAUAGUAAAGGAGGUGGCCAACCAUGCAAAUGACAUCAUGAAACAAGGGGAUAACUUCCAGAAGCUGAUGCAAAUUCAGUACAGCCUCAAUGGCCACCACGAAAUUGUUCAACCAGGGAGAGUCUACCUGAAGGAAGGAACUCUGAUGAAGCUGUCCAGGAAAGUCAUGCAGCCUCGAGUCUUCUUCCUGUUCAACGAUGCUCUCAUGUACACAACCCCAAACCAGUCGGGUCAGUACAAACUGAACAGUGUCCUCCCUCUGGCCGGCAUGAAAGUGAGCAAACCCAGCCAAGAGGCUUAUCAGAACGAGUUGAACAUCGAAAGUGUUGAACGCUCUUUCAUCCUCUCGGCCAGCUCAGCCCCAGAAAGAGAUGAAUGGCUGGAGGCCAUUGCAAAGGCCAUUGAUGACUACACUAAGAAGAAAAUAACCUUUAUAUCAACUCGCAGUCAGGAAGAGGCUGACGUGGUGUUUGACAGCGGAGCUCCAUUGGGUUCAAAAGCGCCGAUCUGGAUCCCAGAUCUGAGGGCGACCAUGUGUAUGAUCUGCACUUGCGAGUUCACUCUCACCUGGAGGAGGCAUCACUGUCGAGCAUGCGGCAAGGUGGUGUGCCAGGCCUGCUCUGCUAAUAAGUACUACCUGGAGUACCUGAAGAACCAGCCAGCGCGAGUGUGCGACCACUGCUUCGCCAAACUCCAAGAAAACAGUGACCGCUGUGCCUCAACAUCUGUGUCACCCAUCAAGUCUGGUGCUUUUUCGUUCACCAGAAAACAAAAGAAGAUUCCAGCGGCUUUAAAAGAGGUCUCGGCCAACACAGAAAACUCCUCCAUGAGCGGCUACUUGAACAGGUCUAAAGGAAUCAAGAAGCCGUGGAAGAGGCUGUGGUUUGUCAUCAAGAAUAAGGUUCUGUACACGUACGCUGCCAGCGAGGAUGUUGCUGCUCUGGAGAGUCAACCAUUGCUGGGGUUUUUCCUGAGAGAGGAGAAGAAUGGACCGGCCCAGAAAAUGCAGUUCAAACUGUACCAUAAGAACACUCUGUUUUACAUCUUUAGAGCUGAUGACAUUCCCACUGCACAGAGGUGGAUCGAGGCCUUCCAGGAGGCUAUGAUUCUUGAGGAGUGACACCUAAAGGCAGCAGUGAGUAUCCUCCUCAGCUCAGGAAGGACUCCGGGAAGGAAACUCACAAACUCGAAGAGCUGGACUCGUUUUUUACAUUUUCUUGACGCUCAGGUUCAAGUCGGAGCUUAUUAUGUGUUGCAUCUAUUGAUCCAAGUUCAAGUCCAGUAGUGCAGAUGUGCAAGAGUAUUGAGGGAAUGUGUCUAACACAGCAAGUCCAGUGUCAUUUUUAGCGUUCAGAUAAUGAAGGAAUCACUACUUUUUGAUGUUUGUAACACUCUCGCUUGCGGAGACGUCAGUUUAACAAACAUUACAAACACUUGAGAAUUUAAGGAAGUGUAACUGAGAAAACCGUACAACUACACGGAAACAAGAAUUUGAUAUUCUGUCCUCCAUUGAUCUCUCUGGUUUAGAGAUUUAAUAUUUCUAGAUUUAGAAUAACAAAAUCCACAUCCUGAACAUCCUGGAGAAAACUGGAGUGUGAUGAAUAAUGUAUAUAUAUUUUCAUACAGUAAAAGAUUAUUUUUAUCUGUUCUUAAUAUUGCUUGUGUGUGAAUAUGACCAUGACUGUUUUAUACAGAAGCCAUGAGCUAAUAUUUAUAGAGUAGAGAGAGAGGCAGAUUUUACUGGUUUUAAAAAGCACACGCUGCCACUUUUGGGGAUUCAGGGUUUAUAAGAUUUACAGGUGUGUUUUUUCGCUUUUUUAUGAAUACGUUUGAAAUCAGAGAACUGUAAAAUACCUUGGGAACUAUGCAUGAAUUGUUUUUUUUUUUACUCACAAAAAUCUGAAAUGUUUCAUCUUUCUCUGAAUAUCAAGCCUAAACAACUCAUUUUACUGCCACUGGAACAUACAAAUAAUGAAACAAUCAUUCUUUUCAGUUUUUCUUUUUUUUUUUUACCAAAUCUGUAAAAAAAUGAACCUUGAACUAAAUUUCACAUUCUGUAUUAUGCUGUUGUCUGGUCGGAAUUGAUGUCAGAAGCUAUAAAUACACAGUGCAACCCACGUGUACAGUAAUACUUCCAAGUAUUUGUU